CCACACCGACGACGCGACAGUUUUGAACGGAACUUGCUGGUGCUUGGAUCGCAGCUCCGCCGAUCUCCGCGAGGUUGAAACCAACGACUUCGAUUUCGUCGCUCAAAUCACAUAUCAUAAAUCGCCAAAUACAAAAGCCUAGUUGUGCACAUCUAUAUAUUUUUUUUCUGUUUGUUUUCCGUUUGCGUGCUAAACCAUUUGUGCUGGUGAUCUUCGUGUGGAACAUAAAAACCUAAUAUUCUGAAUUUUCAAGCCGUGUUUCCAAAAGACUAAUUGCAACAGUUUCCGUGUCUUUAAUCCAUUGGAAGCUGUUCCUCCAACACAACUGCAUGGCCAUGUCCCGCAACCGAAACCGAAUCCUUGUGCCCAUGCAGCAGCUGCUCCUCCUGCCACUGCUGCUCCUCGUCCUCCUGGUCGUGGGCAAGGCAGCGGCGGGCUCCUUGGUGUCCCCGAACAACAGGCAGCCAUCGCAGCGCUUCUUCUACGCCGCCGCCACAUCCUCCUCCUCCUCCUCGCAGACGAAGGUGCGCCUGCUCCGCCAGGCGGAGGAUCCCAAUGCGGCGCCGGCUGCACUGGAGGGCAGCUGCUGUCAAGGAGCAGCCGCCGAAGCAGGAAAACCAUUGACGCUGCCACUGGCCGUGUCCGCUGAGCUGACCAACGUGACCGCCGACUACGAUGUCUCCGGCGAGAUGCCCUCCUCCAAGGAAAACUUCAAGCGCAGCAUCAUGAAAUCAACCGUGAGGAAUGCGACGCCGGCGAGCUGCUCCCCGCAACCGACGAUCGUGGAGCUGAAGCCGCCGGCGGAGGAUGAGGCCAACUACUACUACAUGCCGGCAUGUACGCGGAUCAGCCGGUGCAAUGGAUGCUGCGGUUCCACGCUGAUCUCCUGCCAGCCAACGGAGGUGGAGCAGGUGCAGCUGCGGGUGCGCAAGGUGGACCGGGCGGCCACCAGCGGUCGCAGACCCUUCACCAUCAUCACCGUGGAGCAGCACACGCAGUGUCGCUGCGAUUGCCGCACAAAGGCGGAGGACUGCAACGUAUACCAGUCGUAUCGCAAGGAUCUGUGCCGCUGCGAGUGCCACAACACGGACGCGAGGGACAAGUGCCUGGAGCAGGCGGAGAACAAGUACUGGGUGGACGACAACUGCACCUGCGUCUGUCGCUACAACCAGAGCUGCACCACCGGCACCGUCUUCGAUGAGACGCAGUGCAAGUGCACCGACCCGGCUGCACCCAUCAAUGUGUUGGACCGCAAGCGCUUCAUUGUCCAGGCGGUACAGGUGGACCCCGAUAACACCACCCUGUACAGCGUUUGAGGAGUACGAACGCCAGCUUCCUAGCGGGGAAUCCCCGAGUACUGAGAAGGCAAUUGCCGUGGAAUUGCACCGUGUACUUUAUAUUAUUUAUAGUUACCGAUUAAACCUAGGCUACAACUGCAUUCCCCCCUACACUUAACACACAGUAUUCACCCCCUUUGAAAGAACUGCGGCACAAGCAACAACUUUAAAUGGUUGCGCAGAAAUCUCUGCUGAAAUCUUUCUCUACUUUCAGAUACAUUUUCAAAGUAUUUUAGACCUUUGGAGAUUUCUGCGCAUAUCCUGUACAUUAAUUUUUAUGAAUUUGUUUAUAUAACUUUUUAAGCGCCUUUUCCUUUGUCGCGGCUUUGUGCACAAUUUUGUUGAUUUCCGUUUGUUUAAGUUUUAAGUCAUCCUUAAUGAGUUGUCCACAAAUUAAACGCUAUUCAAUUUUCCGCCGUACUUCAUUUGCAUGUAACUUUUUUUUUGUAAAAAAAAUGUUAGACUUAAGUUUACGUAAAGAAAAUACAGACAAAGUAUUGAAUUAUUA